AUAUAAGAACGUGGAAGCAAACCAAGGGUCUUGAGGAUAACAGGGGCCGACUUUCAUUUGCUGUUGCAGUUUGACAAGAUUGGGCAUCUGGUGGAAGAGAAACUUCUGGGCAGGCCUCAAACCUUCCAGAAAAUGGACCCCUGUGUAUCAUAUAUGCCGAUGAAAUCGUCUCGGCUUAGAGGUACAGAGGGCGAGAGAGGGAGAGAGAAAGAGAAUGUCUGUGCUCCAGUGGAAGAAAUUUGUUGGGGACGAGGAUGAUCGACCGGAGAAGCCUCGAAGGUAUGGAGUCACGGAGAUGAGGGGCCCCAAUUACACGAUCAUGAACCAGAACGUUGUUCAGGACAUUUUGGAGUCUAUGGGACCAUUCGUGGAUGGCUUGAAGUUCUCUGGGGGUUCGCACAGUCUGUUGCCAAAAGCUUUCAUCAAGGAAAUCACAGAUAUGGCUCACAAACAUGACGUCUAUGUCAGCACUGGAGAUUGGGCGGAGCAUUUACUUCAUAAAGGACCAGCCACAUUCAAGCGAUAUGUUGAGGAAUGCAAGGACUUGGGCUUUGACACUAUUGAGCUAGACGUUGGAUCACUGGAUAUUCCUGAAGAAACCAUUUUGAGAUACAUUCACUUGAUAAAGAAUGCUGGCCUCAAAGUAAAACCUCAGAUCUCAGUAAAAGUGGAGACAUCAAAAAUCCCUGCUAAAGAAAAUAGGGCAUUUGGGGCCUAUAUGGCUCCAGUUCCACGCACCUCUGUUUUUGUUGAGGACACUGAUCUACUGAUAAGAAAGGCAGAGAGGUGUCUGAAUGCUGGAGCGGAUAUGAUCAUGAUUGAUGCUGAUGGAGUUUGCGAGUACUUUAAUUCUCUUAGAGCUGAUAUAAUUUCAAAAAUAGUUGGACGUUUGGGACUGGAGAGAACCAUGUUUGAGGCGUCUACUCCUGGCACCUCAGAGUGGUUUGUUGAACGCUAUGGUCCAAGGGUGAACCUUUUCAUUGAUCACUCUCAGCUCAUGAAGCUUGAAUGCCUGCGAUCUCCAUUCUUUGCCCGUCGAUUCUGAUACUGAAUCUUAUCUCUGAGAAUUACGUAUGCAGGUCUAUCUUCAAGAUUAAAAAAGGUUCAGCCUGAUUACAAUCUGUUAUAGUUGUAAUAUUGCUUCUGUCUAAACCUGUCUGAGUUUGCUCAGAUCAGAUAAGUAAAUCUAGGGUUAGCCUCAGAUGUUUGUAUAUAUCGCUUCAGCAGUACUGUAAGAUGGUUUCAUUCACUGUGUACCACUGCAAUAAUCUAGUGCACAUGUUUCUGUAAAUACGAGAGAAAAGUUGUCCA